AUGCAGGAGGAGAUAGAUACUGUGUUCCCCCAACAAGGUAACCCCCACACCAUGACCAAACUGCAGGAGGAGAUAGAUACUGUGUUCCCCAACAAGGUAACCCCCAUACCAUGACCAAACUGCAGGAGGAGUUAGAUACUGUGUUCCCCAACAAGGUAACCCCCACACCAUGACCAAACUGCAGGAGGAAUUAGAUACUGUGUUCCCCAUCAAAGUAACCCCCACAACAUGACCAAACUGCAGGAGGAGAUAGAUACUGUGUUCCCCAACAAGGUAACCCCCACACCAUGACCAAACUGCAGGAGGAGAUAGAUACUGUGUUCCCCAACAAGGUAACCCCCACACCAUGACCAAACUGCAGGAGGAGAUAGAUACUGUGUUCCCCAUCAAAGUAACCCCCACACCAUGACCAAACUGCAGGAGGAAUUAGAUACUGUGUUCUCCAACAAGGAAACCCCCACACCAUGACCAAACUGCAGGAGGAGAUAGAUACUGUGUUCCCCAACAAGGUAACCCCCACACCAUGACCAAACUGCAGGAGGAGAUAGAUACUGUGUUCCCCAUCAAAGUAACCCCGAUGUCAGAUGUGGUGAGGUACUGAUGUAAACUACCGGUCAAAAGUUUUAGAACACCUACUCAUUCAAGGGUUUUUCUUUAUUUUUACUAUUUUCUACAUUGUAGAAUAAUAGUGAAGACAUCAAAACUAUGAAUUAACACAUAUGGAAUCUUGUAGUAACCAAGAAAGUGUUAAACAAAUCCAAAUAUAUUUUAUAUUUGAGAUUCUUCAAAUAGCCACCCUUUGCCUUGAUGACAGCUUUGCACACUUGGCAUUCUCUCAACCAGCUUCAUGAGGUAGUAACCUGGAAUGCAUUUCAAUUAACAGGUGUGCCUUCUUAAAAGUUCAUUUGUGGAAUUUCUUUCCUUCUUAAGCCAAUCAGUUGUGUUGUGACAAGAUAGAGGGGUAUACAGAAGAUAGCCCUAUUUGGUAAAAGACCAAGUCCCUAUUAUGGCAAGAACAGCUCAAAUAAGCAAAAAGAAACUACAGUCCAUCAUUACUUUAAGACAUGAAGGUCAGUCAAUACGGAACAUUUCAAGAACUUUGAAAAGUUUCUUCAAGUGCAGUCGCAAAAACCAUCAAGCGCUAUUUGAAAUUCUUCAAAUAGCCACCCUUUGCCUUUAUGGCAGCUUUGCACACUCUUGGCAUUCUCUCAACCAGCGUCACCUGGAAUGCUUUUCCAACAGUCUUGAAGGAGUUCCCACAUAUGCUGAGCACUUGUUGGCUGCUUUUCCUUCACUCUGCGGUAUGACUAAUCCCAAACCAUCUCAAUUUGGUUGUGGUCCGGGGAUUGUGGAGGCCAGGUCAUCUGAUGCAGCACUCCAUCACUCUCCUUCUUGGUCAAAUAGCCCUUACACAGCCUGGAGGUGUGUUGGGUCAUUGUCCUGUUGAAAAACAAAUGAUAGUCCCACCAAGCCCAAAACAGAUGGGAUGGCGUAUCGCUGCAGAAUGCUGCGGUAGCCAUGCUGGUUAUGUGUUCCUUGAAUUCUAAAUAAAUCACAGACAGUGUCACCAGCAAAGCACCAUCACACCUCCUCCUCCAUGCUUUAUGGUGGGAAAUACACAUCGCGUCUCACAAAGAGACACCGUUUGGAUCCAAAAAUCUCAAAUUUGGACUCGAGACCAAAGGACAAAUUUACACCGGUCUAAUGUCCAUUGCUCGUGUUUCUUGGCCCAAGCAAGUCUCUUCUUCUUAUUGGUGUCCUUUAGUAGUGGUUUCUUUGCAGCAAUUCGACCAUGAAGGCCUGAUUUACACAGUCUCCUCUGAACAGUUGAUGUUGAGAUGUGUCUGUUACUUGAAAUCUGUGAAGCAUUUAUUUAGGUUGCAAUUUCUGAGGCUAGUAACUCUAAUGAACUUAUCCUCUGCAGCAGAGGUAACUCUGGGUCUUCCAUUCCUGUGGCGGUCCUCAUGAGAGCCAGUUUCAUCAUAGCGCUUGAUGGGUUUCUGCAACUGCACUUGAAGAAACUUUCAAAGUUCUUGAAAUGUUCCGUAUUGACUGACCUUCAUGUCUUAAAGUAAUGAUGGACUGUAGUUUCUUUUUGCUUAUUUGAGCUGUUCUUGCCAUAAUAGGGACUUGGUCUUUUACCAAAUAGGGCUAUCUUCUGUAUACCCCCCUAUCUUGUCACAACACAACUGAUUGGCUUAAGAAGGAAAGAAAUUCCACAAAUUAACUUUUAAGAAGGCACACCUGUUAAUUGAAAUGCAUUCCAGGUGACUACCACAUGAAGAUGGUUGAGAGAAUGCCAAGACUGUGCAGUGCUGUCAUCAAGACAAAGGGUGGCUAUUUGAAGAAUCUCAAAUAUAAAAUAUAUUUGGAUUUGUUUAACACUUUUUUGGUUACUACAUGAUUCCAUAUGUGUUAUUUCAUAGUUUUGAUGUCUUCACUAUUACUCUACAAUGUAGAAAAUAGUAAAAAUAAAGAAACACCCUUGAAUGAGUAGGUGUUCUAAAACUUUUGACCGGUACUGUAUGUGUAACCCCGGUGCCAGAUGUGUUGAGGUACUGACGUGUGUGUAACCCCGGUGCCAGAUGUGUUGAGGUACUGACGUGUGUGUAACCCCGGUGCCAGAUGUGUUGAGGUACUGAUGUGUGUGUAACCCCGGUGCCAGAUGUGUUGAGGUACUGAUGUGUGUGUAACCCCGGUGCCAGAUGUGGUAAGGUACUGAUGUAUGUGUAACCCCGGUUCAGGCUCCUAUCCAGUACGAAGCUCUGAUGCAGAUGGACUAUCUGGACAGUGUGUUGAACGAGUCUCUGAGACUGUAUCCCAUCGCCGCCCGACUGGAGAGGGUCGCCAAGAAGACGGUGGAGAUCAACGGCAUCGUCAUCCCCAAAGACUGCGUUAUCAUGGUUCCCACGUGGACACUCCAUCGUGACCCAGAGAUCUGGUCCGACCCUGAGGAGUUCAAACCAGAGAGGUACUGGACCACACUGUAACCACAGCACAACCACAGCACAACCACAAUACAACCACAGCACUACCACAAUUCAACAAUAACACAACCACAGCACAACCACAAUUCAACCAUAUCACAACCACAGCACAACCACAACACAAGCACUACUUUACCACAACACAAGGAUAAACACACUGCUGCAAUGGAACCACAACUACAGUGCAUCAUUAUACUGCAGUGCAAUGUGUUGUGUCUGAACCACAACCACAAAUCAACUACAAUACAAUGUGUAAUGUGACUGAACCACAACCACAAAUCAACUACAAUACAAUGUGUAAUGUGACUGAAUCACAACCACAAAUCAACUACAAUACAAUGUGUAAUGUGAUUGAACCACAACCACAAAUCAACUACAAUACAAUGUGUAAUGUGACUGAACCACAACCACAAAUCAACUACAAUGUAAUGUUUCUGAACCACAACCACAAAUCAACUACAAUACAAUGUGUAAUGUGACUGAACCACAACCACAAAUCAACUACAAUACAAUGUGUAAUGUGACUGAACCACAACCACAAAUCAACUACAAUACAAUGUGUAAUGUGACUGAACCACAACCACAAAUCAACUACAAUGUAAUGUGACUGAACCACAACCACAAAUCAACUACAAUACAAUGUGUAAUGUGACUGAACCACAACCACAAAUCAACUACAAUGUAAUGUGACAGAACCACAACCACAAAUCAACCACAAUACAAUGUGUAAUGUGACUGAACCACAACCACAAAUCAACUACAAUACAAUGUGUAAUGUGUCUGAACCACAACCACAAAUCAACUACAAUACAAUGUGACUGAACCACAACCACAAAUCAACUACAAUACAAUGUGUAAUGUGACUGAACCACAACCACAAAUCAACUACAAUGUAAUGUGACUGAACCACAACCACAAAUCAACUACAAUGUAAUGUGACUGAACCACAACCACAAAUCAACUACAAUCCAAUGUGUAAUGUGUCUGAACCACAACCACAUAUCAACUACAAUACAAUGUGUAAUGUGUUUGAACCACAACCACAAAUCAACUCCAAUCCAAUGUGUAAUGUGACUGAACCACAACCCCAAAUCAACUCCAAUCCAAUGUGUAAUGUGUCUGAACCCCAACCCCAAAUCAACUCCAAUCCAAUGUGUAAUGUGUCUGAACCACAACCACAAAUCAACUCCAAUCCAAUGUGUAAUGUGUCUGCCCUCUCCCUGUCCAGGUUCAGUAAGGAGAACAAGGAGUCUAUUGACCCGUACACGUACAUGCCGUUCGGGGCGGGGCCCAGGAACUGUAUCGGGAUGCGUUUCGCCCUGAUCAUGAUCAAACUGGCCAUGGUCGAGAUCCUCCAGAGUUUCACAUUCUCCGUCUGCGACGAGACCGAGGUGAGACGCUCACCUGAGCAGACGGAAUAUGACAUCAUCAAAUAUCAGUAUCAUUCAUAG